ACCGGAGGCGGGAUCAAUUCAGCUUCGACUGUCAGAUUGGCAAAGAGUGUGUUGCUGCGUGCAGGUAAAAGCCGAGCGACACACAAAUAAUUUUAUAUGACUACAAAGGGAACGCAAUGGGAAGAAAUUGCUCCACCAAACAACAUCACAUGUAUGCUACAAGAAAGAGGAACUGAAGUAGUGAAAAUAUAACUCCGCGUGCAAUACCUAGAUAAUCUGGAAAUAAAAUCCCGUUGUGUCAACGUUUGGCCCAGGGGGCACACAUUGUACACGGAACUUCGACAGCUGCGUGUUUUCAACCAAGCCAUCAACAAAGAAUGAAACCUAUCAAACGAGCUCUGGAGGAAGAGCGUCUUCGAGAGCAGGAGUUCUCCUGGACCAUGUCGGACAGCGACCCCUUUGAGGACGAUGGCUUUCCCCUCGACCUAUCAGGAGCAAGGGGCUCUGCCAAGCGCCGUCGUCGCGGCAACCUGCCCAAGGAGGCGGUACAGGUGCUGCGCAGCUGGCUGUACGAGCACCGCUUCAACGCCUAUCCCUCAGAGCAGGAGAAGGUCAGCCUGUCAGGCCAGACUAGCCUCUCUGUGCUCCAGAUCUGUAACUGGUUUAUAAAUGCCCGGCGGCGCCUCCUUCCUGACCUUCUCCGUAAGGACGGCAAGGACCCCACCCAGUUCACCAUCUCUAGACGAGCCUCCAGGGGUGAGGGGCGCCCCUCCACAGGAGGAGCCAGCGAAGCCAGUUUACCUGGAAGCCCGUCCUCUGCCCCUCCACCGCCCCGCCCGUCUGUCAUCUGCCCUGGCCCCAUGUUGGACUUGAGUCUGCUGGGCAGCACUGCCACGGCCAUCCUAACAGGAGCAGGCUACCCUGGCCCAGAAGGGUCGGUCCAAGCGCUGAUGCGGAUGGAUACGCAAGUCCUGCUGAAAAAUGAUGGUGAAGGGGUGACUGGAGCUAACCACCCGGGAGGGCUCUUUAAUACCCCUCCCCCUACUCCUCCAGAACUCUUCCCUACGCACGACUUCAGUGACCUGAGGUUGCUGGUGGAUGCUGCGCUGCAGAGGGCCGCAGAGCAGGAGAACGUGAAGAGGCUCCAGGAGAGCCAGAGCACGGCUACAGAAGGAGCUUCGAGAGCCAGUCAGGUCAUGGAAGUGCAGAGAGUGGAUGGCAGUGACAUGGGACUAACACCCCCGCCAGAGGACAGUAAUAAAGGGACCAACUCUCCCAGAGAAUCAAGUUCUUCAGAGAAAGCUUUUCUGGUGCCAGUUUCAGUUCCAGUGAAAGAGUCUCCAGGAUCAGCCUUGGUUACGCCACUACAAUCACUGUCUCCAAUCCCCUUCAGUGAAGUCUUAUGGAGUCCAGUGAAAAAGGCUAUUUCAUGCAUGAACCAGAUGCAACUGAACACUGCCCAAGUGCCAGCUGUAUUGCCAACUACAAUGUCUGUCUUGGGUCAGAUACAAUCCCCUACCCCAACCAUUGUCCAUGCAACAACUUGUAGCUCCAUGUUACCAGUGUUAAUCGCGGCUUCAAGUGCAUCCCUUGCCACAUUGCCAGCUACAUGUUCCGUUUCAACCCUGGACCAAGAUGCGUUACAAAGCAUAGUCUCCACUGUAGCCACAAGCCCAGUCUCUGCUCCUACAGUGGCCCUGACCCAAACCCUAGCUCCAGUGCACGUUUCCACCUGUACCCCAGCAGCAGUCCCCAUCUUAAGUUCAGCCCAUGAUGCCUCGUCCAGGUUUCCAGCUCCAGCGUUUGCUCCUUUCCGGGGGCUGGCCCCCCAGCUUCCUGCUGCCCUUCAGCCCCUGGCUCCCUUGCCGAGCAGCAGCGGCCAGAGGCCCCCUCCGGUCAUCCCCAGUGUGUGGAGCGUGGUCCACAAUGAUGUCCGACAGCCCACCCAAGCUGUCCAGAUGCCAAUCUCUACGGUGUGGGGGCCACAGCACACCAUACGGGCUGUCAGCGAAACGGUCAACUGAGGCAGAUUGACUACUAUUGUCUACUGGCUAAACCUUGUGCCUGCGAUCGGAAUUCUGGCAAACUGUUCCUACAUCAACAACUCAAAACUGAAAACAUUUGUUUUGAGGACUGUGUUUUGAGGACUUUUUGGACAUAUUUUAUCAGGACUUUACCAAGGAGGCUACUCCUGGGUAAAACAUUAAAACAUGAUUUAUCAAGUAGCGUUCCAGGAUGUACGACACAUGGUAUAUACAACAAGUCUUUUGAUGGUUUUUAAAUUCCACUUUUCAAACACUUUCUUUUUAUGUACAGUUGGUCUGUCUAGAAGCCACCACCAGCAGAGGAAGCGUCUUCAGUAGCAGGAUCGGACUUGGUUAAAUAGAGUGGGGACAAUUUACAAGACUGUCAACCAUUCCCUUCAAGGCUAAAAAGGUGGCCUGCAGCAGAAGUUGUGAACAUUUUCUAUUUGACACUCCAGCGCCAUGCUCCUGUACAGUUGUGCACUUUAGAUUUUCUUUUUUCGUUGGCCUGGCUUUAAAUUGCAAGCAUUCCACAGCCACCCUAUUCCCCACACCAUCUUCUCAUUGUGUGGCAGAGGCGUGCGGAAGGGAAAUUGGCUGUACUGUAGUUAGCCUCACUGCACAGGUGAACUCCAGUGUCUGUGAUCUCUCUCCAUUUUUAUGACUUUCCCCUCUGUUUGCCUUAAAGCUACUGUGAUUCAGGAGCCUGCAUGGAUUCUGAAUUUGAUGGAUUCAGAAAAACCCCACUUGUAUAUUUGACAACAAUCUACCUUGGUGGUUUUGUUAUCCAUUCCCAUUUCCAAAACAGUUUAUUAGCAGGUAAGCAGUAUUCUCAAUGUAUAUAUGAAAAAGGAAUGUUUUAUAUAUGUUACUCUGUGCUGUCUUAAUGCAUUGUGUAUGAUUUUCCAGGGUGUAUUUAAUGUGGAUGUAUAAUGUGGACUCUGUAUUUGUGAGAGUGUGUGUGUGAUAAAGUAAGAGGUCACAUUGCUGCUGUUGCAGAAAUCAGUUCAGUGGCAACGGGGGGGGAAAACACUUGGCUACGAUCUGGGGAUUUGCUGUGAAGUGACCUCAGUGUCAUUUCCUCUAGGGAUGCAACCCAAUUACUAACAAUUCAGUCCCCAACUUUCCCCGUUGUUAAACAUUGGAACCAUAUGAUUUGUUCAUUUUGAUUUAAACCGCAAUGUCUUAAGGAAAUGCCUAUAGGUGUUGUUUUGGAUAUGUCGAGUGUCUUGACAAACUUUGUUCACACAGCCUAUGUAUUGAAGGAAUGGAACCUUGAGAGCCCACUAUAUCUAAAGUAAUUAGGCAAUUCAGAAUCCCAACCAUCCCUUUUAACAGUAUAUAAAAAGUAUAUUCAAGGUUACACACGACAUAACAUGUCAAUACUUCAGGUGCACACAAGUGGUUACGUUGAUCUGCAGUUGGAGGCCCAGGUAUGACAUGAUCUGUAUACUGUAUUGAUGCUGUGAUUCUUAUGUUGUCGUUAUAGGCCAGUCAAAAUAGCUUUAACUUGCAAUGCUAUCGCACCUGUAUUGUUUACCAGUGCCAUACAUGUUGUUGACAACCAUGGCCCAUUUUUAUUCGUUUUUAUUAUCUAAUGCUUGGUAAAACUAGAGGGAAAGGUGGAAUCCUGUGUAACUUUUUGUCUAGACAACGAGCAUGGAUCACCUUGUCCUCAAUGACUGAAGGCAGAUAUUCAUUCAUAUUUGAUUUUCAUGUCUUGAUAUUGAGCAGUCCUUUGUUCAUAAGGAGGAAGCCUGGUCUCACAGGUACUCAGUAUUAGACGUGCUUUAUAUACCUCAAUGUUCACAUGGUUAGGAAAGGACGGUUCAGGCUUGGGUCAUACUGUACACGAAGCAGAGAAUGUUUGUAAAUGUUAGGUAGAUACUGUAUAGAACACAAACAAUCCAAUCAACUGUUUUCAGUACCAUGUACGCCACUGUGACUAGACUGGAAAGGUGAAAUAAUAUUUAGAAAAGGCAGGGUUUGAAACAUAUUUUAGAUGCAGAAUAAAACUCGGGGGCAUAGAUGCCAAUGUGAAAACGCAUGUAAAUAUCAAGGUCACGCUAUUUUUGUUUUUUUGCAUGAAUGUCUUGGAAAAUGCAAUAUAUAGCAUCUCUAAGACCAAAUGCAUUCUAAAGACAUAUUUAGACAUUUGGUUGUAUGAAUCAUGGCUGAUGUGCUUUGGACAGUAUAACUGGCUAUUGUGCCUUAAACCGGGGAUUAAGGGAGCAUACCCCCUCUACAUAGAAUUUGAUUAGUCUGUGCAAUAUAUGCCUUAAACUUUAAAUGUGUUUUGUACAUGCAUUUCAGAGAAAUAAAAGUUCUGUUUUUUCAUAGUAAGGGUCUAUCCACUUGUUUUCUUUUAUUCUACUGUAGACAGAUACAAAACUACAUUAAGCUAUACUGUCAUGACUAGAACCCACCCACCGGAUGAAUGGAAAAAAUAGAAGGCACUUCACAAUAUUGUGAUGUUGCACAUAGCAAGGAUCACCUGCUUUUUGUGUUAUCAAACCCUUUUAGACACCUUGAAGUAUUUGCAAAGAAGGUAAAGCUAGGGUGCUGUUGCCAUUUUAGACAAAGUGUGGGUGGCCUUCACAAUUUUACAGCUCUGGAAACAAUUUUACAAAUCUUAACAUGUCUUGUUGCUUUGUAGCUUGAAUGUUUUUAAGUCCUCAAACUAUUCUGUUUUUUUGGAGGACAUCCUGAAGACAAUUGUUUGUAUUAUCUGAAACAUACAGAAGUACUUCAUAUGGGAAAUAUUUAUUUUCUUUCAUGGAUUAUAAAAGUUUGACAGUUGUACUGAAUGCAUGAAUAUUUCAGGAUAUACACUUAAACAUCUGGAAUGAAGUGAGGAGCUGGCCCAUGUUGGUCUCACACCUGUUAAUUGUCUGUUAUGGGUCCAAUGUUGAAAAUGAACAGACUUUACAAAAUACUGUUUGAUUUCCUUCACAAUAUUACUUAUUGGUCAAUGUACUUAAUCAUUCUGCAUCUCACAAAUUACAGAGAAACUUCAUACAGUCAUAUUUUAGUAGAGUGAAAGGAUACACACAAUUAAGGUAAAUUAUGGCAUUACCUGCUUCGUCAAAACAUACAUAUGUAUAGGUGUUUUCUCAACAUGAUAUAGCUCAAUAAUAGAUGCAGAGGGAGAAUUUGUGAUUGCAGGUCUGUUUAUUAGUAGUGGCCACUGAUGUCCACAUACAGGUUCUGGAUGUAUUUCAAUAGUCAACUUGGCUUCCUUGGCACAUAAUGUCACGCAUAUUUGAAUACAUAAAAGCUAUUUGUUUUUAUGUUGUGGGAAUGCACCUAAAUGUUAAGACAUGAUGCACCACGCUUCAAUAGACCACACUUUGUACAUUUUAGCGAAACUAAAAA